ACUCCAAUUUCAAGGGCUCCCGCCGCCGUCAUACUCGCCGCAUUUACUAAACCGACGACGAGCAAGGAGAAGAAACGAUGACUACCCCCGUGGACGGUGGAGCCAGAGACAUCAUCAGCUGUUUGCCGGCAGAGUGCUUGGCCCAGAUCAUCUCCUUAACUUCCCCUGCCGACACCUGCAGAUCCGCCGCCGUUUCUCAUUCCUUCCAAUCCAUCGCCGACUCCGACGACGUCUGGAAGAGCUUCCUUCCGUCCGAUCACGAGGACAUCCUCUCCGGCACCACAUCCUGGCCGGAGCUCUCCGCCUUGUCAAAGAAGGAACUCUACCUCCGUCUCUGUGACAACCCUGCUAUAAUCAAGAGCAAUCAGAACAUGAGCUUCGCAUUGGAGAGACAGAGUGGGAAGAAAUGCUACAUGGUAGGAGCCAGGGGACUAGCAAUUGUAUGGGGAGACACGCCUACUUACUGGACUUGGACUAACUUACCAGAGUCGAGGUUUCGGGAAGUGGCAGAGCUGCGGUACGUGUGGUGGUUUGAUAUCAAGGGCAGGAUAGGGACCAGAAUGUUGUCGCCGGCGACGAAUUAUGCAGCCUACAUGGUUUUCAAGUUUGCUCGGAAUCGGAAGGGGUUCAGCCAUAAGGCAAUGGAUCUACGAGUCCAUUUGGAAGAUAGUAUUGCAGGGCAGGGGAGGAAGCUCGUGAUUCUCGACCCUGCUGAUGGUUUGCCCAAACCCUACCAAGAGAGGGGAGAUGGAUGGUUGGAGAUUGAGAUCGGAGAGUUCUUCAAUGACACAGGCGAUGAUGGUACUUUACUCUGCAGUUUGAUGGAAACUGAUGGGCGUUUUUCUAAGGUCGGCCUCAUCGUUGAAGGCAUUGAAUUCCGACCCAAGAACAAUAUCUAGCUAGCUACCGUAGUGAACGUAUUGAAAGAGGUUUCUAUUGUUUGUUAAAGCAGUUUUGGACAUGGUGUCUGCCAAACUUAGCUACACAUCACUUGUAUCUAUUUUUGUAAAAAUG